AUGGACAGCGAUGACACCAUCACUGAAGAGGUCUGCAGGGAGGACGACGUCGGGGAUGGACAGCUCCUGGAGGUGAUGGUGGCCGGAUACCCAGUGCUGCUGGUGAGGAACAGGAAGGAAUUUCGUGCUCUAGGCAGUAAAUGUCCCCACUAUGGUGCCCCACUGAGCAAAGGGGUCUUGAGAGGGGAGAGGCUGCGCUGCCCCUGGCAUGGGGCCUGCUUUAACAUCAGGACUGGAGACAUUGAGGAAUACCCUGCUCUGGACUGUAUCUCCUGCUUUAAGGUAACAGUGGAAGAUGGGAAGGUGUUUAUUACAGCCAAAAAGAAGGACCUGGAAAGCAGCCUGAGGGUAAAGGACACAAGCAGGAGGUGCCUCCUCAACAGGAACACGACGCUGCUGCUGGGGGGAGGUGUGGCUGCCCUGGUGUGUGCAGAGACUCUUCGCCAAGAGGGAUUCACUGGCAGGAUCAUCAUGGCCACCAAUGAGAAACACAUUCCCUAUGACAAGUCCAAACUCAGCAAGGAAAUGAACUUGAAAGCUGAGGACAUCUACUUCAGGAAACCUGAAUUCCUUGAGGCUAGGGGCAUAGAGUUCUGGACAGAGAAGGAGGCAGUGUCGGUGGAUUUCCAGAAGCAAAAAGUUCACUUCAUGGAUGGGUCCUCUCAGAAGUACCACCAGCUGCUCAUUGCAACAGGCAGCCACUCUGGUUUCCUCAAAGUCCCAGGUGCAGACCUGCAGAACAUAUGCACACUCCAAACCCCAGAAGAGUCCAGCAAGAUCUUGGAGCUGGCAACUGGGAAGAAUCUGGUGAUUGUAGGAGCAUCAUUCAUAGGAAUGGAGGUGGCUGCCUUCCUCUCUGACAAGGCUAGAACCAUCUCAGUGGUGGAAAGAGAGGAGUUCCCUUACCAGCAUGCCCUGGGUCCUCAGGUUGGAGGUGUCGCCAUGAAGAUGCUGCAAAAUAAAGGGGUGAAGUUCCACAUGAAAACAGAACUCUGUGAGCUGAAAGGAAAGGAUGGAAAGGUGACAGAGGCUGUUCUUGCCAAUGGAGAGAAUCUCCCUGCAGAUGUGGUAGUGGUGGGAAUAGGGUCAACCCCCAACUCAGUGUUUCUGAAGGGCACCUCCAUUGCCAGAGAUGACAAAGGUGCCAUCCUGGUGAACCUGCACAUGCAAACCAACAUCCCAAAUGUCUUCGCUGCGGGGGAUGUGGUCACCUUCCCCGUGGCACUGCUCGAUGGGGACAGGUCCAGCAUCCGUCACCAACAAAUCGCUGAGGCCCAUGGUCACUGUGCUGCUUUAAACAUGCUGAAGAGAGGGAAGGAGUUGCACACUGUUCCUUACUUCUGGACCACAUUGCUUGGGAAAAGCAUCCGCUAUGCAGGUUGUGGGAAGGGAUACACGGACACUGUUGUGAAAGGCAGCCUGGAGCAACAGAAAUUCCUGAUCUUUUACAUCAGGGAUGGCCAUGUGACUGCAGCUGCCAGCCUGAACUGCGACCCCAUGGUGUCUCUGAUUGCAGAAGUUUUGUACUUGGGGAAACAAAUCUCCAAAGAAGAAGCAGAGGCCUGUGACAUUGGCAACAUCCCCUCACUGGCACAAAGCUAAGCUUGGUGUGUGCCCCUUGUGAGGGGCUCACAACCAAGUA